UGUGUUAGAAUGGCGACUAACUGUCAAGUGAAAGUGGUUUAGUUACUGAAAAUCGUUAAAAACAAAGUUUGUGGGAGUGCCAUGCCAUUGACAGAUUUGGUUGGACCGUGUUAGCAGGCCGAGUUUGAAGGCUACUGGUACCUCUUUCCGCUGCUACAUCACGUUUACUAUCGCCUUCAGGUUAUCCAGAAUCCUAUCUCCUGCAUAAGUAUUAGGAAGUGAUAUCUCAUUACCAUAGCAACAAUGUAACCGUGGCUUCCAACAGUCCUCUUUAGUGAGUGUGAUGGAACUGAUAUGGUUUAUAGUUUAUGGGCCAGUGAUCCUUUCUACCAAGUAUGCCUGUCCAUCUGACUGACAUUUAGCAUGCUGUGGCUGUUACGAGUGUCUGAAGGAUACCAAAGGUUGACCUGCCUGAUAUCAAGAUGAAGCCUGAUGUGUCAGAUUAUGUGGACCAGUAUGUCCGUGCAGUGUACGAUUUCAACUCGACACAGAGAGGGGAAAUAAAUCUCUCAAAAGGGGAGAUAAUUCGUGUGUCAUCAGUGGUGGACAGUAAUUGGCUGAGGGGAAGGAAAGGAGACAUUGAGGGAAGUUUCCCGGUGAGUUUUGUGGAGAAGAUAUGUUUACCUGCUGUACAACUCGGGCAGAAGGUGUUUGGGGCUACAGAGAACUUUCCUUCUCAAGAACAAGGCGACCUGCAGUUCAAGAAAGGUGUAGUGGUCAUUGGUCUGCACCGAAUAGAUGAUAACUGGUGGGAGGGUAAAUCUGGAGGUCAUAAUGGGAUAUUCCCAUUGACACAUGUGAUGGAGCUAGAGGUCCCCUCCUCUCUUCGUGAGAGGUCCAAGAGUGUGCACUCGUCUGAACCAAUGUUUGCCAGAGCCCUUAGGGACUCGGUGGCCCAGCUGGACGAGGAACUAGGGUUCAAGGCUGGGGACAUGAUCACUAUCAAAGAGGUGGUAGAUGCAGACUGGUAUAUUGGAGAGCUGGGCAGUCGCUCAGGCAUGUUCCUGGCAUCCUGUGUUGAGCUAUUACAAGAUACCACUGCCCAGGAUGAUCACUGUAAGACCGACUCACAUCAGGAUAACUCCCGUCAGAACUCCAGUGCUGCGGAGGUGAACAAUGUAAAAAGUAAGCCAUACCAACCAAAUUCUUCUCUACACAAAAGUGAUACAAAUUCUGUAGGUCCUACAGAUAAUACUGUAUCAACUACGAACUCCAAUGUGUCUUCAGAUGCUGAUUUGACUUCACGUUCCACCUCACAUGAGUCAGACAUCACACCGUAUGCACGAACUCUCUACCCCUUUGUAGGACAGUCUGACGACGAAUUGACAUUCCGUGGAAAUGAGAUGGUGUAUCUUAUACAACAUGUGGAUGAUCAGUGGAUAGAAGGAGAAUUGGAGGGGAAAACUGGACUGUUUCCUGCCUCUUACGUGUCCAUAAUUGUUGAUUGCCCUUAUGCAUCUGGUCCAGUAUCGACAGAUCUUUCUUCUGUCGACCAGUCAAGUAAUCAGUGUUCAGUGAUUGGUGGGUCUGAGGAGGUGUCAGAGGGCAGUGUGGACCCACAGUUAAGGAAAACUGAGAGUGUAGUGCAUAAGUUCAGUGGCAGUGAUCCCAAGGUAGGUCGUUAUGGACUGGUCAAGUUCACGUUUGUAGAGGAAAACAGUGGAGACCUGAGUGUCAUGGAGGGAGACACUGUUCUUAUUUUGAAACUUAUUGAUGAGAAUUGGGUCAUGGCCCAGGAUGACAGAGGCAAGGAAGGAAUAUGUCCUAAAAGUUUUGUAGAAAUCUUUGAUGAUAGUCCAGACUUCCAGCCACAAGGAAAGUCAGUUACAGAGUCAGUCAGGCCAGUUGUUGAUGAACAGUUAGCUGGAGUUCAAGUUUACAAGUCACCAAUGCUCAGCAAACAUCAUUCAUUGAACGAAAUUUCAAAAAAUCAAAACAUUGAUAAACCCAAGUCAUUGGUGAAACCUUUGGUGUCCCCAAAGCCAACCCUUAAGCCAAAACCAGCAUUACUUCCAAAGCCUGUUGGGCCCAUGAAGGCCACCUUCCUGUCCAGAGUACACGCCGUUGAGGAGAGUAGCAGUAUGCAGAGGUCUCCGUCCUCUCCUGUGUUACAGAGUGCCAUGGUUCCAGAUGCAAACUCAAAAACUAAAUCUUCCUCUACUUGUGAACUAGAUAGGAUGGGGUUGGGUCAGCCACCAAGAUGGACUGAUGGGCCCGCGAUCAACAAAAACCUUGACUUUCUGAUUGCUGGUGAGAUGGAGAAGGCAAUGGAAGAGACACGUUCCCGAAGCUCAAGCAUUCAGAGUACAACCUCCUCUGGGUCAAGUGUCGGCUCAGUCACAAAAGAUACUGAGGCUCAGGGGUCACUGGCUGUCCCUAUGAGAGCAAAACGUCCUCCUCCACCUAGCCAAACGUCUAUCAACCAACACAGACACACUGUAAAUUUUCCAGUGACCUUUGACUCUUCUGCAACUCAACAACCACGCUUCAGUAAACAGAACAGUCUUGCAACAUCCCCAGGCCUGAAUAGCGGUAAUGAAAUAAGUGUUGGUAACUCCACAUUCUUCACCGACGUCUUGAUCCCAGAUCGAAAAAUCCCUGUCAUGAGGAAGCCUCCGCCUCCUCAAAGGACUGCAUCCAUUGAUACUUUUGACCGCAAGCUGUCAUUGAGAAAACCUCCUCCACCUCGCCCCACAGUCCCUCGGGGUAGUUCACAGGACACUCGGACUGGCAAGACUGUACCUCAUAGGUCUGCUCCCCGCCCUCCCAAAAAUGUGCGUGUUCCGUCCCGCCCCGCUCCACCCACCCCUUCACAGAUGUGCCCUCCUCCCCCCAAGCGACCACCUCCAAGGAGACCUUUGUCAGAGGAAGCCAUUGAAAAGUAUGAAGCCAAUGCCGAGAUCAUUCGGGACUUACGUAACAGGAUACAGGAGGUAGAGCAGGACUUGGAGAAUUGUCGUAAGUGUAAGGGUGAGUUGGAAGUGAUGCUGUACAACAGUCCAGAGGAAGAUCGUGCAGAGGUGUACGACAAUGUAGAAUUCUAUGAUGAAAACAUCAAAGGUCUUACAGACGAGUUGCAAAACCUGAGGGAAACUCUUCAAAAACUGUCUCCGGAGGAAAUGGACGCUGUUGAACAACAGAUGGCCGAAGAGAAACAAAGGCAGGAAGAAGAGAAACGACAGAUAGAGGAAAAGAAAAAACAGGAAGAAUUGAUGCAAAAAAGAAAGGAAAAGCGAUCAAAAGUGAUUGAGGAGUUGGUCCACACAGAAAAGGACUUUUUACAGAGUCUUCAUCUGUGUAUGGAAACUUUCCUUAAUCCUCUGGCAGAAAAGCACCUUGAUGUAGAUAUUGAGCUGAUAUUUGGGAACAUGGAGGAGAUUGCUGAGGUGUCACAACGGUUGCUAACAAUGAUGGAGGAGGCAGUCUGUGCUAGAGAGUUCCAGGAUAUCAUUAUAGGUCCAUGUUUCACAUCACUGGCAGAAGAUAUGAAGAAUGUUUAUGCGCCAUACUGUCGUAACCAUGACGAUGUUAUCAUGGUCAUGGAACGUUACCAUACAAACCCAUCCAUUAAUGAGUACUUUGAGAGAAUGCUGGACAUCCUACGUGAACAGAGUGUCGUGUUUGAUGUGGGAGCUCUCCUUAUUAAGCCUGUACAGCGUAUCCUCAAAUAUCCCCUCCUGCUGAACGAACUCAUCAAGACAACAGAAGAGGGCCACAAGGACAAGUUAGAACUACUUGAUGCCAUCAACACCAUGACAGAUGUGGCAGCAGCUAUCAAUGAGUACAAACGCAGGAAAGACCUGGUUUACAAGUACAAGAAGAUCACUGAUGAAACCCUUGGAGACAAACUGGCCAAACUUAGCCUUCACUCACUGAAGAAAAAGGGCAGUCGCUUCAAGGGCCGACUAUCGACAUCUAUAGGGCUGUCCCCACAAACUAAAGAUGAAACCUUUGACAAAGAAGAGAGCCGUUUCAGGUUAUUGGAGAAAAUUGUGAGGAUUUUUGUACGAGACAUACAGGUGUACAUGGAACAAGUUCAGGAGUCUAUGCAUUAUCAUGAAAGUCUGGUGGUCGAUGUAGAGGAUUUCUAUGAGGAGGUUCCGAAUGUACUCUUGAUAGAGAAAUACAAACAGGUCCACAACCUCAUUGAAAGCCAGUUCCUGCCUGGAUUUGUGACAAGUGUAACAGAUCAAGUUAUCUCCCCUUUGGAGCGUCUGGUUCAGUUUUUCAUAGCUCCAAACAAGGUGAUACAGAAACGAUAUGACAAACUGCUUGACUAUGACUCCAUGUUACGCAAGUCUAAGGAUGACAAGUCACUUGAGAAGGCUCUGGGAACAACAAAGAAGGACUAUGAGGCGAUGAAUGCCCAGUUACUAGAUGAGCUGCCCUCCCUGUACAGCCUGUCACUAAGCCUGCUCCAGGACUGUGUGGCAGCGUUUGUCAGUGCUCAGCAGGCCUACGCUGAUGAUGUCUUACACAGGAUGUCAGAACUUCUAGAUUUGUCGUCGUUGCUGUGUACAGAUCACAGUGUGAUGGAUGUAUUUAACCACAAGCACGUGUCUAUAGUGGACAGAAUGUCACUACUCUCCUUCAUACCCAAGGGCUUCAACCCUCGCAUGGAGCUUAUCAAACAGGACAAGAAGGCUAAACAAAAGACAAUGGAUGUCGCAGACAAGGAAUGUGGGGGCCAAUCAGACAGUCAGCGCAUGUAUGUGACCCAAAAAUACCCCUCAGACAAACUGUACAUAGUUAACGAGAAAUAUACCCCAACAGACACCAUGGACAUUCCCCUCCUGCACAGGGAGUUAGUCGGUGUAGUCAUGGAAAAGGACCCAUUGGGCAACAAGGAUCGGUGGUUUGUUGACAAUGGAGCAUCCAAAGGUUUUGUACCUAAGAAUAUUCUUACACUCUACCAAUCCACGGCUCCACAAUCCUACUCACCUCCUCAAACCUCCACCACAGUGACUAGGACCUGCUCCAUACUGGAGCCUGUACCUGUUGGAGGGGAGAGAGGGACGGGGCUAGCAGCAGCCAAUGUGGAGGACGAUGAGUUUGACUUUGCUUUAGAGGAGGACAUGAGUCCAGAAAUCACAGAGGAGAUCAACGUUUCCAGCUCGAGUGGUUCUGAAGAGUUUUACUUUGCGGAGUUUGGAUUUGAGGCAAGGACUGUUACAGAAGUAUCCAUGUUCGAGGGCCAGGUCGUCACAGUGCUAGCCAAACACGACCAGGAGGGUAACACAGAGUGGUGGCAUGUCGAUGCCGAUGGGCUCCGGGGCUAUGCACCUUCUAUCUACCUCAAACCCAUGAGCUGACUCUAGGUCAAGGUCAGGUCAUCGGGGUCAUUGUAGUGUCAGGCAAUCACUACCACAGUUGAAGGACUGGGCAUGUUCAUCUGAUUCCAGUGUUUGGACUAGAGCUACGAUUGUGAUAAAGUUUGGAGAAUACAGGUUUUUUACUGUGAGAACUUGAGAAUAUAUGUUUCCUAUGAGAUGGAGGUGUAAUGUGGUGCUGUUAUCCAUGAGAGUUACAGACAAAGAAAUAUGCAAAGGAUUUUUUGGUAUGGUUUAUUCAUUAUGACAUUUGAUAGGAAUGCAAAAAAAGCAUGCAUCUGUAAAACAGACAAUAUCAAGGGAGAUUACUCUUAACACAAAUGACAGGUAUAAUGUGUUAGGCAAUGAAGGGUAAAUCAUGUAGAAUAACCAACGGAGACUUACUGCAAGGCUAGUGUGUAAUGUCAAAGUUCAACUUAACUAUGGUAUUACAUUUAUUCAAGGUAGAUGUACCCCCAAAAUGUAAGUGAUACGUGUCCUCACGGAUCUCUUGUUUACUCGAUGGACUCCAAUGGCAGGUGUUCAUGUUAUUGAGAUUGUGGUCAAGGAAGACAUAUUUAUAUUACUUAUCAAUUGAUAAUUGUGUAUGUCUAUGUGUUACUAUCUACAAAUGAUACUGAUGUCUUCCCCUGGAACACUUUUUUUGUGAUGAUCACUACAUGAAUAUUAAACAAAAUUCCAAAAGCCUCAUUGAAAAUACUUGUUAAAUCAUUCUAGGAAAACACAAAUAGAUUGAUAAUUUUUUUGAGAAGAAUCUAUCUGCAACCAGUGAAAAAUAGAGGUAAAAAUAUAAGAAUAGGACUACAACACCUACAACAAUCAAAAGUUAAAAUAAUGUAUAGUUUCUGGAGCAUUUGGAGAAAGAUUUGACAUUUUGAGUAAAAUGAUGUAUGGAUUGAGAAAUUCUGUUAAGUAUUCUCAAAAGUGAUAAAAAUGGGUUUCAGGAGAAAUGUGGAUGAGACAUUGCUGAGAAGUAUUUUUAACUUACUAUAGAUUAUUUGUGUUAUAAUUUAUACCAUGAUGACAUUCGGGUACACUGCAAUAAUGUAGAUGUUACAAAAUGCCUUUUGUGAUUGUUUAGGUCUAUACUUGUAUUGUUUAGGUCUAUACUUGUAUUGUUUAGGUCUAUACUUGUAUUGUUUAGGUCUAUACUUGUAUUGUUUAGGUCUAUACUUGUAUUGUUGUACAUGAUGUAUAGGCCUAGCAAAGUAUUGUGUGUUUCAGGUUUCAUCACUCCAAAGACUCGGUUAGGUCAGUUGGUACCUUUAUUAUGUCCUCUAACUGAAUGGUAAGGAUUUACUGUGUUCCUCUGCCUUCUCUGUGGCCUACAAUUGGCUGAAGCCUCACAUAAAAUAUACUUUGUUGGAGGAAUAAAUAACAGAUACACUGACAUCCAACAACAGACUUUUAACAUUUAUCAUCAAGCUAUAAGUACUGUUUAAUGUGUGCCUGAUAUAUAGAGAAGGAUUCCAAACACCCUAGAUAACUUGUAUUAUUGAGGUCUAACACUGAAAUGUUUUAUACAAGCUUAGAAUAGAAAUGUUCUCCAAAGAAAGGUUAUUGGAAAAAACCAACACAAUAGGCUUAUUAUAUUUGGAUAACAUUUAUUCCAAUAGGGCAAGCUUCCAUCUAGCUUGUUUAUCUUUCUGCACCUGGUUAGUGCAAAUCGAGCAGGCCAUGUUUGGCCGCUCAUGGCUGGCUAUAAGUUACAGUUGUGGGAUCGCACAACGUUACACGAUGUGCGGUGUGUGAAUGAUGUGUGCACGAAGUGCGAAUGAU